AUGAAGUUUCCCCUCUUUUCCUUGCUCCUUGUCCUCCUCGCGGCGUUCGCUUUAGCCACCGCCCCUCAGAAGUCUGUCGUUAUCAGCUAUCCUGAGAGCACGCCGGACCAUGUAUUGCAGCAAGCCAAGGAUGCAAUCCAGGCAGCGGGAGGUAUCAUCACACACGAGUACAACCUCAUUAAAGGAUUCGCCGCCAGAGUACCAGUGAAGGUCCUCGAGUCCAUCCAAACAUGGGGCGCCGAGUACAAUGCGCUGAUCGAAGAAGACCAAGUGGUCUACACCAACGAAGAGGUCAAUUAG